UGGACAGAGCAGCCACUCAAAGAAGAUUGGGGCAGUGGACGGCGGAUCGAGAGACUGGAUCCAGAGAAAUGAGUUCUUGAUCAUCUUGGAAAAUGGAUACCCAAAUCAUUCUUGCCCUGUGCUUGGGUAUCACCCUAGCCACACCCAUUGAACAACCCUAUCUUCAAGAACUCUCGUGUGGCCAAUACUUCUACCGAACACUCUUCAUGGAUGAGAGGAAUGACGCGCUCUUCGUUGGUGGCAUGGACAGGGUCUACAAACUGAACGCGGCCAACAUCACCCACUCGGAUUGCGACAAAGAUAUGGUGUACAUACCUUCUUCGAGUACGGUCAAUUGCAUCUCCAAGGGCAAAUCGGCGGAUUUUGAUUGCAAAAAUCACAUUCGAGUGAUUCAGCCCAUUGCGGAUGGAUCUCGUCUGUAUGUGUGCGGGACGAAUGCUCAUCAACCCAAAGACCAUGUUCUCUACGCCAAUCUGACUCAUCUAGCCCGACAUGAAUUCUAUCCCGGCGUCGGAGAUGGCAUUGCUAAAUGCCCAUUCGAUCCAGAGGAUAACUCGACAGCUUUGUGGGUGGAGGAGGGCAAUCCUGGAGGGCAUCCGGCCGUGUAUUCCGGAACGAACGCCGAAUUUACCAAGGCCGACUCUGUGAUCUUUCGUGGGGACAUUUUCGAUAUCAGUACCGGACGACGAGAGUAUACUUUCAAGCGGACCAUCAAAUACGAUUCGCACAUGCUCGAUAAACCAGACUUUGUGGGCAGUUACGAGAUUGGACAGCACGUCUUCUUUUUCUUCCGGGAAACAUCUGUGGAGUUCUUGAAUUGCGGGAAAACGGUUUACUCCAGAGUGGCUCGAGUCUGCAAGAAUGACGUUGGCGGAAAGAAUAUUCUAAACCAGAAUUGGGCCACCUAUCUCAAAGCUCGUUUGAAUUGUUCCCUAUCCGGCGAAGUUCCUUUUUUCUUCAACGAGAUUCAAGACAUUUACAAAUCUCCUGAAGACGACUCCAUUUUCCACGCUGUCUUUGCCACAGGGUCAAAUGGGCUGUCUGGAUCGGCCAUUUGCUCGUUCACUUUAGACGAUCUUCAGAAGACCUUCGAUGAGGGCAAGUUCAAAGAGCAGGCCACCACCACGUCAAUCUGGCUUCCCGUACCUUCCACUCGGGUGCCAACUCCUCGACCCGGUACUUGCGUUGACGAUACUCGAAAUCUCUCAGACACAGUGCUUAACUUCAUCAGGAAACAUCCUCUCAUGGAUACGAUUGCCCCACAUGAUCAAAAAGAACCCGUGUUUUACACAUCAGAUGCCAUCUUUACCAAGAUAGUGGUCGAUUCUGUGAAUGCCGGGAGUUACGGCAAAGACCGACCCUUUCACGUCUAUUACGCCGGAACUUUGGACGGGCGGGUUUUCAAGAUCUCUCGUUGGACCAAUGAGCAAGGUGUCUACGAAACCCGAUUACUUGACGUUUUUGAGGUGACCACCCCUUACCGCGUGGAAGCCAUGACCUUGUCUCGAAAGGUAAAAGCAAUCUAUGUCACGUCGGAUCAUAGCAUCAAGCAAUUGAGUGUCGAAGUGUGUGCUUCCCGAUACACUAGUUGCGUGCAAUGUGUGAGGGAUCCCUAUUGUGGAUGGGAUAGAGAGUCGGGCUUAUGUCGUCCGAAGCACUUUUCACUUCUUCAAGAUCCAGCGGGAGAAGCUCCAGGCAUUUGCGACAUGUCAAAUCCCAAGCAGAAGGUGUCUGCAAAUUUUGGUGGCAGUGUUCAUCUGGAGUGUGCACUUAAUUUGCCUUCGUCCAAGGAUAACCUUGCAUCGAUUGCUUGGCAUCAUCUGGAUGCCAGAGGACGUCGAACCAAGAUCAACUUCAAACUCUCAAGGGACAAGUUCAUUAUGACCCAAACCUUUGGCCUCGUCGUCUUGGGUGUAAACGAAAGAGAUAAUGGCGAAUACCAAUGCCACUACCAUUCUGAGAUUGUUAGCCACUAUGAAGUGGCAGUAGAUGCUCACAGAUGCUCAUCUCCAAACAAAACAGCCGACUACCAAAAAGUGUACUCUGAAUGGUGUAGUGAAUUCCAAAAGUACAAGAGCGCCCUCAAGACGUGGGAAAAGAGGCAAAACAACAAAUGCUUGCCCAAAGAGGCCUUCUUGAAAUCUCAAAACUCGGUUUAUCGCACCGAUUCUACCAAUCCUUACGUGUAGAAUGUGCAACCUACAACAACCCUGAGGGCACACGCUCUCCCUUCCCGAUUCAUUCAGUUUUUCUAAUACUAAAUGCCCUUUUACCAAUGUAAAAACAGCCUUGUAAUGAAGCCAUUCCCCCUACUUCACACUGCAACAUCACCAUAUUAGUGUCAAUAAGUAGUAAGAUGAAUACUACCUUGCUGUUUUCCUCUCCCUCUGCAACUUUCACUCAUAAUGGAGGACUCUGAAUCUCAACAAAAAUAAUAAAAAAACAGUAUUACGAUGAUUUUUGUUCUCAGUGCUCGUCCUUGGUUUGCACUUGUGCAAACUGACGGUUAAAGAAAACAUUCAUUUUAUUUGAAAACCCAUCGUAAAAAAAUGUACACUUUGAUCUCUUCCAAUAUGUCUCCAUGCAUCGAGAUUAGCACUACAAUGAAAAUGUUAAGUGUGAAAUACAUUGCCAUCAUUUCACA